AUGGAAGAUCCCUAUAGGGACUACGAUGUCACAACCCCAAUCACAUCCACAUCUGGACUUCGGCAGGGUCUAACAUCCUAUGGAGAUCCCCAUUUUUCUCUCUUCCUUCGAAAAGUGUUUAUCAAGGCACUCGGAUAUUCAGAAGAUGCCCUUUCACGUCCGAUCGUGGGUAUCAUCAACACUUUCUCGGGGUUUAAUCCCUGCCAUGCCAAUGUGCCCCAGCUCAUUGAGGCUGCCAAGCGCGGUGUACAACUCAAUGGAGGAUUGGCAAUAGAAUUCCCUACCAUUAGUGUUGCCGAGUCCUUCUCGCAUCCAACCAGCAUGUUCUUGCGGAAUCUUAUGAGUAUGGACACGGAGGAGAUGAUCCGAGCUCAGCCGUUGGAUGCUUGUAUAAUGAUCGGAGGGUGUGAUAAAACCGUCCCUGCUCAGUUGAUGGGUGGCAUCUCUGCCAACAAGCCAAUCCUACCGCUGAUCACUGGUCCAAUGAUGCCAGGGAGUCACCGCGGUCAACGUAUUGGAGCCUGCACUGAUUGUCGAAACAACUGGGCCGCUUUUCGAGCGGGUGAUAUUGACCUCGAGGAAAUCUCGGCCAUUAACGAAGAGCUUGCUCCAACGAUAGGGACAUGCGGUGUCAUGGGAACUGCUAGUACAAUGGCUUGUGUGACUGCUGCGUUGGGAAUGAUGCCGCUUCGGGGCGCAACUGCACCAGCUGUAUCAUCAGCGAGACUGCGAAUUGCCGAGGAGACUGGCGCAAAUGCAGUUGCAAUUGCAAAGUUGAAAAGAAAGCCACAAGAAAUUUUAACAAAGGAAUCGUUCUGGAAUGCCAUCACCGUGCUCCAGGCUAUUGGGGGCUCGACAAAUGCCGUUGUCCAUCUGCUAGCUAUUGCAAAUAGACAUCCAGAACUACAGGGAGUCAUCACCUUAGACACUUUUGAGGAAAUUGGCCGGAAAACUCCGCUGUUGAUUGAUCUCAAGCCGAGCGGAGAUAAUUAUAUGAAUGACUUCCACAAUGCAGGAGGCAUGAUGGCGCUGUUGCAGGUGCUUCGACCCCUGCUCCAUUUAUCUGCAGUGACAAUUACUGGGCAAUCACUGGGUGAGGUCCUCGAUGCGUCCCAAUCCAAGCGACUUUCCUUUGCGCAACAAAUCAUUCGGCCAAUGUCAGAUCCUUUGUUUCCCUCGUCAUCCUUGGCUGUUCUGCGUGGCAAUCUUGCCCCAGAUGGAGCGGUCCUCAAAGCCUCAGCGUCAAAAUAUCGGCACUUGCUCUCCCAUACUGGACCGGCUGUAGUGUUUGAGAAUUCGGCCGACCUAGCUCAGCGGAUCGACGAUCCAAACCUAGCCGUGACGAAGGAUAGUGUGCUGGUCCUGAAAAACAUUGGUCCAGUUGGCAACCCAGGUAUGCCAGAGGCUGGCCUUAUCCCAAUUCCAAUGAAGCUAGCAGAGACAGGAGUUAAGGAUAUGCUACGACUUUCAGAUGGUCGAAUGUCAGGGACCGCAGGCGGAACCAUUAUUCUCCACAUCUCGCCUGAAGCUGCGCUGCCAGAGUCACCAUUUGGCGUUGUCGAGACCGGUGACUUUAUUAUUUGUGAUAUCGAGAAUAGGAAAUUGCAAUUGGAAGUUUCCGAUGCUGUAUUGCAGACUCGGAUUGAGAAACGCAGACAAAGUCUUGCAUUGUUUGCAAUGAGCUUCGACCCUCUUCGCCCGCGGGGGCGCCCAGCCCACACACCUGGUACAACGAUACUGACAUACACACCUGACGGAAAACGGAUCAUUACUGGUGGCUCCAACUCGGCAAUUCGUAUCUACACGGUCGGUGAAGAUGGAGAGCCCAAGACUAUCGACGAAGGUGUUGACGCGCAUUUCGGCAUUGGCGCUACGAAUCGGUCUUUCAUCAUGGGUGCCGAGGAUGGAACAGUCUGGAAGUACGAUAUUAUGUCGGGCAAGAUGCAAAACUUGCUUGUACGAUGCGCUUUGCCAGUCAGGGACAUUGCAGUUACGAGAGACGGGGAAUGGAUUGCGGUAGCAAGCGACGAGCUCACGGUCAAAAUCGUGAAAGUCGACGACAUGACACAAGUCAAGUAUCUUCGGGAACAGUCCAAGGGAACGAAACAUGUCACAUUCGAUCCCAGUGGCCGAUAUGCGACAGUAUCCGGAACGGAUGGAAUUCUGUACGUAUACUCUAUGCACGAGGAGGAGCCAGAAUUAGUCCGCAAGCUCGAUGGAGUGAUUCGACGACUGGAGCCAGAUGCCGAGGCGACAUCAAGAGCAGUGUGGCAUCCCGAUGGUACCGCAUUCGCAUCUGCGGAAGCAACCAGAGAUAUCUCUAUCUACUCAACCUCGGAGUGGAAGAAAGAGAAAGAGUUUGCUGGUGGUCAUACUGGUGACAUCACGGCCUUAAGCUGGGCUCCGAACGGAUCUCUUCUGGCAUCUGCGGCGGCAGAUGGAUAUAUUGUGCUCUGGGAAGCAAAAACGCAAAAGAUCUUGCAGCGGUACGACUUUGGGAAUGUCGUCAAUCUAUCAUGGCACCCGACGAAGAACUCGCUUUCAUUCACAACUUCAGACGGUGAGCUUUUUAUUUACGAUAACUUUGUGCCGAAGGAUCGUGAGUCUCUACUACAGAAACCGCUCCAGGCUGCUCCUAUAUUGCCUGGACCUCUGGGCGAGAUCUCUAAUAAUGUUGGGCGAACCACACUGGCGGAGCGGUCCAAGGAGGCCAUCCAGCGAGCGGCGAGAAGAGGAAGCCCAGACUCGCUAGAUGAUAUCCUUGGUGGAGAUGACCAGAUGAUGGAUUUCGUCGAGGAUGAUGAUGGGGCUGGCUAUGCCGAUGAGGAGCUCAAUCUGUAUGGCAAGCGGCCAAUCGAUCAUCUCGAUGAUGUCGGCGGCACUAGUAACAAGCGUCUUUACUCUGGCUUCGAGAAGCCUAGGGCCCAUCCGCCCCUUCAGCCUGGUAGCACGCCUUGGGCUGGGAGUAGGAGAUACCUCUGCCUGAACUUGACGGGAGCUGUCUGGACGGUCGACCAGGAAACACAUCACACUGUUACUGUGGAAUUCUAUGAUCGAGAAGCUCACCGAGACUUCCAUUUCACUGAUCCAUAUAUGUAUGACAAGGCUUGCCUAAAUGACAACGGAACACUUUUUGCCAAUAACCCUUCGGAUGGUAGUCCGGCCACUAUCUUUUACCGGCCACAUGAGACGUGGACUGCACGAGCCGACUGGCGGACUGAAUUGCCUGAGGGUGAACAAAUUCGAGCGCUGGCACUUAGCGACUCAUACAUAGUCGCUGUAACAUCAAAGGACUAUGUUCGAGUGUACACUCUUUUUGGAACUCCUUUCAGGGUGUAUCGACAAAAGAGCCAAGCCGUGACUUGCGCAGCCUGGCGCGACUACAUUAUGAGUAUCGGAAACGGCCCUAUAGGAAUUGAUGGCCACACGACUUUACGAUACACAGUGGAGAAUGUCAAGCGUGACGAGAUCUGCCAAAACGAAGACACUGUCGCCCUUCCGGAAGGGGCUUCGCUACAGAGUGUUUUCUUCUCCGAUAAUGGGGAUCCUUGUAUCUAUGAUUCGACUGGAGUCCUACUAGUUCUGCAACAUUGGCGUACACCUGGCCAAGCCCGAUGGGUACCACUCCUGGACACGAAGCAAAUGGCACGUCUCGCGGGAGGACGGAAAGAAGAAACAUACUGGCCAGUGGCUGUCGCACAUGACAAGUUCCACUGUAUCAUUCUCAAGGGUGGCGACAAGAACCCUUACUUCCCGCGGCCGCUGCUCAGUGAAUUCGACUUCCAGAUCCCGAUUACCAGAGCUCCGAAGGAUUCUAGCGAAUCAGAAGACACGGCAACUGAGGGUGCCCGUUUUGAGGAAUCAUUUGUACGUGGAAAUGUACUUUUGUCGCUCUUCCGUGACCUUCUCUCGUCAACCAAUGCGACGGCAAGCCAGCGCUCUGACUUGGCGCGAAGAGAGCUCGACUUGGAUAAGACCUUGCUGCAGAUGCUGGCCAUUGAAUGCAGAGAGGGCGAGGAGCGUGGUAUGAAGGCGCUAGAGCUGGUGACCUUGAUGACAGACCGCAAUGGUAAGAUGCUCGAAGCGGCCGCCAAGAUUGCACAGCGUUACGGACGUGGUGUCUUAGAGGAUAAGAUCCGCGAUCUGGCUGAACGACGUGUUAUGGGAAUGGAAGAUGAUGAACUAGCUUGA